CUGUGCGAGACUUCAGUCUACAGAACGACUUCAAAAAUUAACAGAAGUGUUAAAUUAUUUAUUAACUGGAUAAACUGAUGCUUGAUUAGUUGUAUAGAUAUUUUAAGUGCUUUAAGAAUAGUGUGGUGAGUAAGACUGUCCAACAAGAUUUAUUAACUUUAUCGAAAUUAUCAUCUAUUUUGGUUAAAACAAGUUCCUUUCUUGCUUGAAUCGUUUAGACAGGAAGUUAAACGAUAUUCACUUAACAUAAAUGAAGAUUGUAAGAAAAGAUUAUACAUAUAAAAUACAACAGAAGAACCAUUGGAUAUUCUAUUAUGAUAUUUUGAUAUAAAACAGUAGAAAAUAUAUACUAAACCAUUCAAAAAAGGAGUAAUAAUCAAUAGAAGUUGAAAGACACCACUCUCUUUAGAAUUUUUCAAAAUUCCUACCAGGAAUGUGUUAGAUCAUCAUUUUUUCUUUUUUAUGUUGUUAUCGUAUUGAUCGGCAUUUCGAAAACGAAACAUCAUAAAUUAUAACCAUUAUUGAUUCGAUAGUAAACGAAAACAGCUUCAUCAAUCAUGAAUCAUCAAGAGUCGCAGUCAGACGAUUUUUUUAAAAAGAUAGGAACUGAAGCUCAAGUUAGAAUAGAUGGUGAUGAUUUACUAUUAAGUGUGAAGGAUUUACAUAUUAUUGAACGUUUGGGUGAAGGAAGAUACGGUUUUGUUGACUUUGUUCGUGAUCGUCAAUCGAAUAAGACUUUCGCUGUCAAGAAAAUGACUUCGACUUCAUUUGCAGAAGGAGAGAGAAGAAGUAUGAUGGAAGUUUAUGUUGCAAUAAAGAGUUUACAUUGUCCUUAUACUGUAAACUUUUACGGUGCUAUGGCCACAGACGGAGAACUAUGGAUGUUGAUGGAAAGAAUGGACAUCUCUUUAGAUAAACUUCGACAGAAUAUUACAGAAAUGGAAGGAAGCUAUAAAAUAGAUGAAAGGAUUAUCGGGAAUAUGUCAUAUCAAAUCAUUAGCGGUCUUUUCUUUUUACGCAGCGAAGUAGGGGUUGCACAUCGCGACGUUAAACCAUCUAACAUUCUUAUUAAUAAAGGCGGCCAAGUGAAAAUAUGUGAUUUCGGGAUCUGUGGUGUUGUUAUGAGUGAUUCUCUAACUAAAUCAAAUGCUGGUUCUACGCCGUAUUUAGCUCCUGAGAAACUUGUACCAUCCGAUGAUAUCAUCUCUUCUUCAUCCAAAUCUGAUGUAUGGAGUCUUGGAAUAACUAUUCUAGAAUUUACAAUUGGUAAAUACCCGUACAGGAAAUGGAAGUGCGAUUUCGACGCUAUAAUGGAAGUUUUAAAUAACCCAUCGCCAACUUUACCACCAGACGAAUAUUCCAACGAAUUUAAUGAUUUUAUUAAUUUAACUUUAAAGAAAAAUAUUGAAGAGAGACCAAGAUAUCCUGAUCUUUUAAACAAACCGUUCAUUACAGAAAACGAAAAUGUUGAUAUUUCUGCUUUUACACAAAAAUUCUCAAAAACAAAUCUGUAG